UGAAGGCCUCUACGGUUCUGACUGUUUGUUACUAUAGUUUGAUGUCAUUCAGAUUAAGCCAGCCUGAGAAACUCUUCCACAGUCGGGAUCAUUCAGACAUACGAAGCUCUGGUCUCCACCAAGCAGAGCUUGUGUCAGAUCUUCUCUCAGCUCAGCAAUAUUUAUCAAAAUAUGGCUGGACGGAACCUGUACCUUGGGACCCAUCAAGAAGCGGUGAUAUUGAACCUCUUGAGGACAUCAGCAGAUUCCAGCAGGGGAUACACGAUUCAGGACAGGAAUUUGCGGAACCUACAAAAACCCCUUUGUUCAUCGAGGCCCUCAAAAAGUUCCAGAAACUAAAUAACUUGCCGAUCACUGGGAAAUUAGAUGAAGCCACCAUAAAUGCAAUGAAUAAGCCACGGUGUGGAGUGCCAGACAACCAAACUACAAAAGCCAGAAGUGCUGAGGCUCAAACGCUAUUAAAGUCACCCGGAAACCCAGUUGGAUCGUCGGAGAAUAUGAAUAUGAGUCCCAACCCUCCUAAAAUCCGCAAAAAAAGAUUCUUGGAUAUGCUCAUGUAUUCAAACAAAUAUAAGAAAGAACAAGAGGAGCUACAGAAAGCAGGAAAAGCUUUUAGCAAAAAGCUACUGAAAUGGCGAUUAAUUGGAGAGGGGUAUAGCAGUCAGCUUUCUAUUAAUGAGCAGAGAUACGUCUUCAGAUUAGCCUUUCGGAUGUGGAGUGAAGUAAUGCCUUUGGAUUUUGAAGAAGAUAACACUUCCCCUUUCUCGCAAAUAGACAUCAGACUGGGAUUCGGAACAGGUCGUCAUUUGGGAUGCACCCGUACGUUUGACGGCUCGGGGCAGGAAUUUGCACAUGCCUGGUUUCUGGGUGAUAUUCAUUUUGAUGAUGAUGAACAUUUUACAGCCCCCAACAGUGACAACGGCAUUAGCCUGCUUAAGGUUGCCGUUCAUGAAAUUGGCCAUGUUCUCGGGCUAUCUCACAUCCACAGGACUGGAUCAAUAAUGCAGCCCAAUUACAUCCCCCAAGAAUCGGGCUUUGAAUUGGACUGGUCUGACAGAAAAGCAAUACAAACGCUGUAUGGUUCAUGCGAGGGGCCUUUUGACACAGUCUUUGAUUGGGUUCGUAUGGAGAGAAACCAAUACGGGGAGCUGGUUGUCAGAUAUAACUCAUACUUUUUCAGAAACAGCUGGUAUUGGAUGUACGAGAACCGGAACAACAGGACCCGCUAUGGAGAUCCAAUCCCUAUAUCGACGGGAUGGCAAGGAAUUCCAGUCCAGAACAUAGAUGCUUUUGUUCAUGUCUGGACAUGGACAAGAGACUCUAGAUACUUUUUUAAAGGUGCACUUUUCUGGCGCUAUGAUAGUGAAAAUGAUAAAGCCUAUUCUCAAGACACACAAGGGAGGAGGUAUCCCCGGCCGAUCUACGAAGCCUUCCCUGGUGUCCCGAGCCCAAUCGACACCGCAUUUUUUGACAGGAGAACCCAACAUAUUUACUUCUUCAGGGAUGUGCUGGUUUAUGCUUUUGAUAUCAACAGAAACCAAGUAGCUCCGAGUUUUCCUAAAACAAUCACCAGCUUCUUUCCUGCGGUCGUCCCGAACAAUCACCCGAAGGGAAGCAUUGAUGUGGCGUACUACUCGUACAUGCAUAGCUCGCUCUUUCUGUUCAAAGGAAAAGAAUUCUGGAAAGUAGUUAAUGAAAAAGAAAGGCGGAAUAAUCCAUCCCUUCCCCUUAAUGGAUUGCUUCCCAAAAGAGCGAUAUCCGAGCAGUGGUUUGAUAUCUGCAAUGUUCAUACAUCGCUUCUGAAAAUGUAACUCCAGGCAUCCCGUCGGGAACCAAAAGGAUUGAUAAUCCUGCAAUAAGAACUGCGACCAUAUGUUUUAAAAAGACUGUUAACUUUUA